AUGGACCAACAAUCAAUAUACACAACCUACCCUCCGCAGCUCUCACCAGAACAAAAGGACUAUCUAGUAACUACGGUGAAAAAUUGGACAAUACACCAUGGAUUGGCUGUCAGACCAUCUCCUGAGCUGGUAUCAAAGGCCUCCGAUUCGAAUGAGGUGUUAGCAACGAAUGCGCCAGUUACACUCUUUCCAAGUCCCUUUCCCAGAUCGUGCUUCGAAUUAGCGGUUUCAAUACAGACUACAUAUAACGAAUUAUACGCUGCAAUCGCGGCCGACGAGCCCUGGCUAGGGAAAAUAGUUGAAGACCUUGUCGACGUUGACGAUUUCGUCGCCAAUUUAUGGCGAGUGCAUAAUGCUGUGAAGCAAGAGGGCUAUGUCCAGCCGCUCUCGCUGGGCCUCUUUCGGUCCGAUUAUAUGCUCCAUACUCCCGAGGAGAGCAACGCGCCGUCGUUGAAGCAAGUGGAGUUCAACACUAUCUCAUCGUCUUUUGGUGGGCUGUCAUGCCUUGUAAGCAAGAUGCACUCGAGUCUUUUGCCUUCUUCACUAGGAAAUUCUAUUGCAUACCCACUGCAUCCUUGUUUAAAAGAGAACUCCGUUCCGGAGAACACAGCGGUUGCAACUCUGGCUGCGGGCCUCGCUGCCGCUUACGAAGCCUACGGUCCUUCGAAAUCGUCGCCGGUGCUGCCUCUCUGUGUACUUUUUGUUGUUCAGGGAGGAGAACGGAAUUUAUUCGAUCAGCUUGAACUUUCAACUCAACUUUCAGAGUUCCAUAAGAUACCCGUGUUCCGAGUGAUUACCUCCGAGGUAAUGCGAUUGACGUCAAUUCCCCAAGAUAACCCUUCUCGUCCCUUGAUAUACACUCCAGCGCAUGCUCCAUCGACUCAGUUCGAGGUGACAACCGUCUACCUCCGGGGCUUCUAUGACCCGAAAGAUUAUCCGGAUGGCAGCGCGUGGAACAGUCGUAUCCACCUCGAACGCUCCGCUGCUAUUAAAUGUCCCACCGUGUUGAGCCAGCUUUCAGGUUGCAAGAAAGUUCAACAGGUUCUGGCUCAAUUGGCUGGCCCUGAUCACCUCUCUCGAUUUCUCUCUGGCACUGAUCCUGAGCUAGUCCAGCAGCUACGCGAUACAUUUGCUCCACAAUACGACAUAUCCACCCCUGGCGAAGGACGGAACCUUGCUCUAGACCCCUCAACUGCAGGGAAUCAUGUCCUUAAACCCCAGCGAGAAGGCGGUGGAAAUAAUGUCUAUCGUGAUGCCAUCCCCAAAUUUUUGCACUCCAUGCCAGAAAGCGACUGGAAAGGGUGGAUCUUAAUGGAACUUAUCCAGCCGCCAACUGCGGCUAAGAAUGUUGCGCUCCGAAGCGAUGGCGAAGUCCUGACAGGGAACGUUGUUGGGGAAUUAGGUGUUUUUGGAACUGUAUUAUGGAAUAAUGAUACUGGAAACGUAUUGCGAAAUGAACAAGGUGGUUGGCUGAUGAGAACAAAGGCUCAGGAUAGUGAUGAAGGUGGUGUCGCCGCAGGGUUUUCUUCCUUAGAUAGCGUACUGCUCUUUGACUCGAAUUGA